GAUUAAAUGACUGGCUUGACUUGAUUUCACUGGUCAAAUCAUGUUAAAAGGAUAGAACAACACAUAAAUUUAACAAAUCAUGAAGUUUAUCUAAGCAUUUAUUGAAACAUUGAAAAUGAAUAAUGGUGAUAUAAAAUAAAAUACACCGCAACUUGUAGAAAACAUAUAUUUUUUAAAAAUAAAAUGGGCAAUGGAUUUAGUGUAUUUUGUAAUCAAAUUGAUGUUGAACCAAAGAUAAUUAAAAUAUUCCCUAAAAAAGUGAAAUUCAAUCCUAACAGACAUGAUCAAUGUGUUCAAUAUGCGGAACCAUUGAACAAUGAACGUGACGGUGAUGUGAAUGAUAAUGAAAGUGAUAUUAUCAAUGAUGAUCGAUGGAGAAAUGAUGUAAAAGACAGAAUUAAAGGCUUUUAUUAUGAUGAAGAUUAUUUGGAUAAAUUUAACGAUGAUGAAUGUCGUAAUAAAGAGAAGCGACAAAAUGAAUUACAAUAUGGAGGUGAUUUGAGUGUAAAGAAAUCUGACAUCACAUUAGAUAAUAAAGACACCAGUGAAGGAAUUACUCAAGAGGAAACAAAUCAUCAUAAUCAGUCAAUAUACACUGAUAAAGAAAUUUGUGAAAAUAAAAUAAACAUUAUCGAAGAAAAUCUAAACUUGAUAAUUUAUACAUCAAAGUACAAUGUACAAAAAUGUUUUAAAUCUAUAGGAUUUAACUUAAAUGUGCCAGAAAUCCAUAUAUUUCAAGUACCAAACAAUUCUCUUCAAUCUAUGAAUUCAAUAUCAACAGAUUUAACUAUACAAAAUGCUAAACAGUUGGUUGAAGAACUAACAUCACGACCCAAUAAAAUGAAUUCAUCGUCUUGUCUGCAAACUGCAACUGAUAAAUUUCAAUUAAAUAGUCUAGAAAAUAUUCAAAUGUCUGAUCUAUACGACAAGUAUUCAUAUUCAGAUGAACAAUUUCAAAACUGUACCAACCAAAUGAAAUUUGAUAAAGGUGUUCAAUGUCACUUAUGCUGUAAACAGUCCAUACAGCUACAGCAAUCCUCCAAAACAAAUCAACAGUCUGAGGAAGAAGAAGGAGAAGACAAGUUAAAUAACUCUGAAAAACUGUCGGGUAAUGAAAACUCGUAUGGAGUAGAGGUUAACGGAGACAAAAUAAAGAAGCCAUCGCAUAAAAUUCCAAUUCUAUCGGUUAACAGCAUUGAAAUUAUAGAUUCUACAUAUUAUGAUUCGCCUACAUACUCAGAAACAACCCUAUACGACGAAAAUGCUUUUUCUUUAAAUGAUUCACAAUGUGGUCAAUCUUUUGAUUUGAUACAAAAAGAAAUGUCAUACAAUGCAGUAGUCAAGCAGGGGGAUACAAUCGAGCAGAGUGAAAAAACAAUGACUACAAAUCAUGUAACAGAGACAUGUGGUAGAACAAAUCAAAUCAGACUGAUAGAUACUGAUGUACAAUUUGAAUAUGAAAAUGAAGAUACAACAUCUAUUACUACACAGGAUGUAACUAGUCAAUCAGAAGGACCAAAUAACAUUGACAUUACAAAGGAAGGAAAUAUUUGUACACCAACUGUUCAAGAGAAACUAUUAAAAUGUUCAAUAAUCAAUGAGAUUGAAUCGACUCAAUCAUUGAACAUUGAUAAGGAAUCUACAAAAUCAUUUAAAUCUUAUUUAUCAGAUCACAGUUCCACACAGUGUAUUAGUCAAUAUGAAAAGCAGAUAAAAGAUGACAAUGAGAUUGAAGAGAAAGAAGUUGAAGAUACACAUUAUCCCGAUAAAUCCAUUACAACAGACAGUGAAUAUUUAAUACAGUCAAAUGAUCAAGAAACCAUUCAGUCCACUCGACCAACAUAUGUUCGAGUAGUAGAUAGAUUAGGAUAUUGUUUGAACGGAAGACUUGAAGCUUUUAACACAAAUGACAAUGACUAUAUACAGAUAUUAGCACCAGUCAAUUAUUUACCUAAAGAUUUAACAAGAAUCAAACUGUACAAUCUACUUCAGCAGGGUGAAGUUGAGGAAAAACUCGGAAAAAUUUGUCAAUCAGACAUCAGUGUACCGCAUGAGAAUUUAUUAGACAAGUUAAUAAAUCAGACAUAUGUAGAUAAUAAAAAUCAAGUGAUUUCAACUGCCAGAUCAGAAAUUGGUGAUCACAUCCAGUUGUAUCCAAAGAGUGAAGUAAAUUCUCAAUAGUAAUGCCUUAUUUCAAGCUGAGCUUCAACUUUACAAUCAAAGUCUAUUCCUCAAAUGAGUAGUUGGCAUGUUGAACAAUUUGUAACUUAAUGUGCGAAAAUUGAAGUGAAGAAAUGCCUUCAUUUAGUUUAAAUAUUAACGACUGGCAGUUUAAUGAAUGUUUAAAUUACCGUGCAACACGGUUUAUCAUUUCGGAUUUUAUUUGUGGACACUGUCUUCGGAAAUAAUUUUAUUUUCGGUCUUUUUUACGCUAUGUUUAUUUAUUUAAUACUUUGAUUUAUCUUAGUUGUGUAAUAGUUUUCCCAUUAUGUUUAUUUGCUUUUAAAAGUACUGAUUCUGUUUGAAACUUUGAUUCAAAUAAUACACAAAUAUUCUGACUUUUUAGAGGCGUUUGGUAUUCCUGUAGCAUGGUUUUUAUAGCGCCAUAUACUACUGACCAGUGGAUAUGAGUAGGUGGAGACCAUUCACUUCAACCUGUUGUGCUUGCUGACUCAUC